GACCUGUGUUUAGUUUUACCAUGGUGGGCAAGACGUUUACUUACCUUCUGGGGAGUGAUGCUGCUGCCCUGCUUUUUAAUAGUAAAAACGAAGACCUGAAUGCAGAAGAUGUCUACAGCCGUCUGACAACACCUGUGUUUGGGAAGGGAGUUGCAUAUGAUGUGCCGAAUCCGGUUUUCUUGGAGCAGAAGAAAAUGUUAAAAAGUGGCCUUAACAUAGCCCACUUUAAACAGCACGUUUCUAUAAUUGAAAAAGAAACAAAGGAAUACUUUCAGAGUUGGGGAGAAAGUGGAGAAAAAAAUUUGUUUGAAGCUCUUUCUGAGCUUAUAAUCUUAACAGCUAGUCAUUGUUUACAUGGAAAGGAAAUCAGAAGUCAACUCAACGAGAAGGUGGCACAGCUGUAUGCAGAUUUGGACGGGGGUUUCAGCCACGCAGCCUGGCUGUUGCCUGGUUGGCUCCCUUUGCCUAGUUUCAGACGCAGGGACAGAGCUCAUCGAGAGAUAAAGAAUAUUUUCUAUAAGGCAAUUCAGAAACGCAGACAGUCAGAAGAAAAAAAUGAUGACGUUCUCCAGACUUUACUAGAUUCCACUUACAAGGAUGGGCGUCCUCUGACAGAUGAUGAAAUAGCAGGCAUGCUUAUUGGACUGCUCUUAGCAGGGCAGCAUACAUCCUCAACUACCAGUGCCUGGAUGGGCUUCUUUUUGGCCAGAGACAAAACACUUCAAGAAAAAUGUUAUCUAGAACAGAAAACAGUCUGUGGAGAGGAUCUACCUCCUUUAACUUAUGACCAGGUCAAAGAUCUAAAUUUACUUGAUCGCUGUAUAAAAGAAACAUUAAGACUUCGACCUCCUAUAAUGACCAUGAUGAGAAUGGCCAAAACGCCUCAGACUGUGGCAGGAUAUACCAUUCCUCCGGGACAUCAGGUGUGUGUUUCUCCUACUGUCAAUCACAGACUGAAAGAUUCAUGGAUAGAACGUCUGGACUUUAAUCCCGAUCGCUACUUACAAGACAAUCCAGCAUCAGGAGAGAAGUUUGCCUAUGUGCCAUUUGGAGCUGGUUUGAGGAGCUCUGUACCAAGAGUGGGAGGAAGAACGUAUAUUUAUUACAAAUCAGUGUCACCGUUGCUGUGCCUGUAGUACUGAAGUCAGAUUUAAGGUCAGUUUAAGCUCUCCCACUUGGUUCUUUUUCAAGAUGGCUUGGAUAGCCUAGGUCCUCAGCAUUCCAUAUACAUUUUAGAAUCAGCUUGUCAGCUUUUAUGUGUAUAUGACCUUUUAAAUUUUGAUCUCAGUAUGUGUUAAUGUUUUGGGGUUUAUUAGCUCUCUCUUCAAUUUGUAAUGACAUUUAAAGUUUUGAUUG